CCAUAAUUCACUUGUCUUUACUCGCAACUAGGAAAUGUUUUGUUGGGACAUCAACAACUCACAUCUUCAAGAAAACCAAACGCCCAAUCGCCAUCGCCAGUUUCUCUUCCAGAAUCGUCGGGUUGUUGUGGCUGGGCGUUUCUUGUCUCCACUCACUCUCCAGGUUCUAACCCUUUUGUGGCUGUCAACCUCUUCCCCACUAGAUGGGAGAAGUUGCCAAGGAUUUGGCUGCAGGGACAGUAGGAGGGGCAGCACAAUUGGUAGUUGGCCACCCUUUUGACACCAUUAAAGUCAAGCUCCAAAGCCAGCCUGUUCCACUCCCCGGACAGCCUCCAAAGUAUGCAGGUGCUAUUGAUGCAGUGAAGAAGACUAUAUCAGCUGAAGGCGCCGGUGGACUAUACAAAGGCAUGGGAGCUCCUCUAGCCACAGUUGCUGCUUUCAAUGCUGUGCUUUUCACUGUACGGGGACAAAUGGAGGCUCUGCUAAGAUCAGAACCUGGUGGCACGCUCACCAUUGGCCAGCAGGUUGUUUGUGGUGCUGGAGCUGGAUUGGCAGUCUCUAUUCUUGCUUGUCCUACUGAGUUGAUCAAGUGCAGGUUGCAAGCACAAAGUGCACUAGCAGUGGCUGACUCAUCUGCAGCCACCUUGGCAGUGAAGUACAGCGGGCCAAUGGACGUAGCCAAAAAAAUCCUGAGAUCAGAAGGCGGCACGAGGGGCCUGUUCAAAGGUUUGUUCCCCACCAUGGCCCGUGAGAUUCCUGGCAAUGCGACCAUGUUUGGAGUCUACGAGCUGCUGAAGCAGACGAUGGCAGGUGGGGAGGACACGUCCAAGCUAGGCAGAGGUUCCCUGAUGCUGGCUGGAGGCCUUGCUGGGGCAUCCCUCUGGCUCUUGGUCUACCCUACAGACGUCGUGAAAAGUGCCCUUCAGGUCGACGAUUUCAGUAAACCCAAGUUCUCCGGGUCCGUGGAUGCGUUCAAGAAGAUUCUGGCUGCAGAAGGUGUAAAGGGGUUGUACAAAGGCUUCGGUCCUGCCAUGGUACGUAGCAUCCCUGCGAAUGCAGCGUGCUUCUUGGCGUACGAGGUCACCAAGUCUAGCCUGGGAUGAUUCGAUUGAUGAAGUUAAGGUGAACUAACUUGGGAUUACUUGUUGGAUCACAUUGCUUGUUGCUGAAUUUUAAAACUCUCCUCUAGCAUUUAGUGUCAUUAAAUGAAAAAGGUUCUCUCAUAAAAUACGAAUUAUUUUCCUCUUUUUUUUUCUUCCAUUGGUAAUGUUUUUAUCAGCAGCAAUAGGAUUCGCUGGGAAUGCAAUUAGGGGUUUUGGAAAUUCAUUGCUCAUCAACUGCAAUAACCUUGUUUUUUGUGGAUUAUUGCUUUGGUCUACUACACUGAAAUUAGUAGCCUAUGCGACACAUAGAAGUGAGUUUGCUGAUCAAAUUGAUAUUUAAUCUAACAGCAAAGAUCAUAUGAUGUACUGUAGGGCUGGAAAUUGGCCUGACCCGCCCCUGACACUGUAUGACCCGCCCCUAAAGGAUCAAGAUGUAUAACUGACCCGCCCCGACCCUGUUUCUUUUAUGACCCUGUCUGGCCCUUUAGGGUCGGGGCGGGUUAAGAAGGGUCGGGUCAGUGGGUCGACCCUAAUAAAUAGACUACUUUUCUAAAAAUUACAAUUUGGUACCCGGAUUUAUUUUUUCUUACAUUUUAGUACCUAAAUUUUAUUCUUUUUACAAAUAAGUCCCUAAAAUUUGAUGGUAAAAUUAUAUUUUGGUACCCAAAAUUUUUAAUUUUUACAAUUUAGUACCUAAACUUUUAAAAUUUUACAAAUAGGUCCAACGUGUUUGUAUGAUGCUAAGGGUCAUAGGGUCAAAAAGUGACCCGACCCUAAAUUGACCCUGUAGACAAACUGACCCAGCCCGACCCUGAUGGUCGGGGCGGGUCGAGGCGGGUCAGUGGGUUUUAAGGGUCAAACUUACACCCCCUAAAUUGUACUGUGACCGGAGAAUGCUAUUUUGUUGGGCAUGUCUAUUGUUAUUUUACACUAUUAUUCAGUGUAUUGCUUUGCAAAACCGUAACUUAGCGGCUGUCCUGUCGAAAAACCGCCUACCUGAAUCCUAAUUGGUAGGCUGCUUUAGCGGUAUAAACGAUUUUCUAGUACAACCUUCGGUUACAAUUCUUUUUUAUUAAUUUUGGCUGUUGUUUUUAUAUAAAAAAGACUAGUAAUCAAAUUUGAAUUUUCGUUGUACAUUUGUUCAAUAUGGUUAUAUAAACCUAGAAUUACAACUAGCGGUACAUUUUUACAUAAUGUUGCCCUUGUAAUGUUCGUUAGAUGAAUUUUUUGAGUUGUAUCGAGCAAGUUUCAAAAAUACUUAAAUAUACUAGUAAAUUGUAAAUAAUUUUUGCAUAGAUUCACACAUUUUUAUAGUUAAUUGUUAUACAACUAAAAUCAAAAUUGUUCCAGGAUGAAUUGGAUGGUCAAAUUUAUGAUUAUAAGUAUGCAACUGUAAACUGUAAAGUAAUAUACCCAAAAUUGAGGGUGUGUCUACGGACCCUAUUUUCCUUAUGAUUAUUUAUUCAUCUCUCAAAUUAGUGUUGUCCGAGUGAUGAGGCAAAAAAAAAAAACUCUGGCGUGAAGACUAUACUGCUCCAAUUACCAAAUUUUGAUUUAUUCUUCAGCUCUCAAAUUAGGGCCUAAUUAGCAUAUGUUUAGGGGAAGCUAUCAUAAAUUACCAGAAAUAGGAAGGGAGGAGUCUGAAAUUGUCAAACUUCACCACAAAACUUGCUUGAUUAAUAAUGAUAAUGACAGUGAUGAUAAUAAUGAUGAUCAAUAACCAUUUACCACAAGUAAAGCUUUGAGUAAACUUUAGAGAGGGGGAAAAAAAAAAGAACUCUCAGAAAACAGAAUCUUAGAGAUCUGUCAUUAGUGAUUAGAUCAAGUUAAUGGCAGCAAUAAUGCAGGUAGAAGGAGGAGCCAACAGAGUUCAACAACACAAGCAGCAGACAGCUGCUAAUCAUCAGUUCCCUGUCCCUCUUGUUUCCAGAUUGGAUCACUUGGAUUCCCUUUUAUGUCUAGAGAUGGAGUCAACCAACACCUCUGCUAGUUCAUCUCAAACAUCGGGAGGAGGCAGCACCUCCACCUCCUCUACCACCACCGCGGCAGGGUCCAGAAGCCAGACGCCAUCCUCGUCUUUCCCAACAUUCAGCCUUUCCAAUCCGCGCCACCCUCUUCUUCAUCACCACCAUGCUCGAUCUCAUCUUCAGCAGGCAAGUGCUCAUAUUGUAGAGGAGGAGAGAGAGGAAGAAGGGGAGACAAAGGGCAAGGAUUCAAAGAAAGGCAGCAGCAAAAACAACAGUAAAACCAGAAAGGAAGAGAAGAACUGCAGAUCAAAUGGGAACACUAGCAGCAACAAAAAGCAGAUCAAAUGGCCACAGAUCAGACCUCUUAAGCUUCUAGGAUGCUAAGAAUCAAGUUUCCUUACCGACCACUCCACCUUGUUCUUUUCUUGUUUCGAUAUGUAUGGAAUCGUACUUGAGAUUGAAGCAGUGACACUAGCGAUUCCGGAUCUAAAAAAGGAUUGCGCCAAUCAUGGUUGAACCUGUACCAACAAAUUGCUACAAUUUCACAAACAAUAUUGCUUUAUCUUGUUGUUCUUCUCUUCCUCUUUAGGAUAGUUCAUGUUAUACAUAGAAUGAAUACUAAAUUUGACAGCAUGUUAACGCAUGUUCUAGAUAGACCUGACAAAUGGGUCGACUCAGAAUGAUUUCCUAGUCAAAGUUGUAGUUCUUUAAAAGUUAUGCGCAAUAAAAAAAAAUAAACUUUACGACGUUCGGAUUAAAGAG